ACUAGUCCGGUGCUGCACACAGACCCGAGUUCCAGUGAAGCUGUCAGAUCCUGAGAAGAUACACUUGCUGUUCACAUCGGUCAUUAAACAUGAGUCGGCAGUUGUACGCGACGCUCCUCAAGAAGGCUACGUCAGACCCAGUGGUACGCUCUGGCAUGAAACUGGCCAGUAGACUGAACAUGUUUCAGGCAAUAGCAGCAAAACCCAUGGCACCACGUGCCCUUGCUACAUCGCUCCACAUGAAGGAAAGAUACAUUUGGGAGCUGAGCCAGGCAAUGAUGGCAACAGGCGUAAUAUCAAUGAAUUCAGAAGGAGAGUUAGCCAUACCGCCCGAUUGCGUCAAGGAUUUGCUAGAGGCUACUGAAAAAGCAGAAUGGGAACCCCAUCUCCUUGAGACACUUCCUAUUCUUGAUAAAUGCUUUCCAGAAGAUGGCAAAGCGGGGUACACUCUUGACGAAGCACCGCAUGUGUUGGAACUGGUCAACAAAGUUCGAUCCCCGCACACACCUAAACUUGUCGCUGAACUUAUACAGAACAUGCAGCUGUAUCACCCUGAUAAAGGUGCAAUAAAGCACGUUCUGGAUGUCGGAUGUGGUACAGGCGAUAUCACUAUUCCCUUGGCAAAGGGUUUGGAGGGCGUGUCAGUUAUCGGAUGUGACACAUCAGAAAAAGCUAUUGUAACCGCAUCAAAAUCUUGCGAGGGAGUUAAAAACUUAUCUUUCGUCAAAGUCGAUGGUGGAGCUUACGAAAACGCUUGGAUGAAGAAGUUUGACGUAGUUCUCCUGUUUGAUCUUCUUCAUGAUCUUCCAUAUCCUAAACAAACCAUGACAGACAUAUUAAAAGUGCUGAAGGAUGACGGAAUAAUUGUCAUUCUCGACCCUGAUGUCAGCAGUGACCCUAUGAACAACGUCGGUAACAUGCACGCCGCCAAUGCGUUGACCUUCAGCUCGUUUUACUGUGUUCCCAGCAGCUGUUGUCACCAUCACAGUUCUGCUCUAGGCGUGAGCUGGGGCACAGAACAGAAAGAGCGCUUCCUGAACGAGAUGGGAUUGACGGUUACGAAUAGAAUAUCUCUACUGGGUAGUAUAUUUUUCCAUACGUUUGUCUGCGUAAAGACCCCUCUAAAGUAGAGUUACAAUCCUGUAGGUUCGUAAUCACUAACAAGGAAGGUAGCAGGUAACGACGUCUGUACGAGUUGUGCUAAAAACUGAAGGCAAAGGAUUAACAGCGACAAGUAUAUACUAUUAUCAGAGACUUUAAAGAGCAUUGUAAAGUAUAGUAUAUCAAAUCAUAUCUAUCUCAUAAUACGUUUAUCUCAUAAUACGUAUAAACAGCUUUACGUUAACGUCAGCUUGAUAAGAGGUACACUUGAGUCCUUAUGCUUAUUUAGAUAAGCUGUUUUACGCUGGGAUUGUUUGUGUUGUUAACUUGCUAACCUGUACAAAUGUGUUUCUAAAAGAAAAUAAUAAAAACAUCUUUUCUCAUUUAAU